CACAGUCUACAUUCAGAUAUCAACAUGUUCCGUUCUGUUAUCUUCUUUGCUGUUUCUGUUAGCUGUGUCAUCGCUAACUCUAAUGAAAUUAAGGAUGGUGGAUCGGACAGAGGUGCCCACAGCGACCGAGCAGGCCUCUGGUUUGGGCCCAGACUCGGCAAGCGUUCCUUGAGGAUAUCUACUGAAGAUAACAGACAAGCAUUCUUCAAACUCUUGGAAGCGGCAGACGCAUUGAAAUAUUACUACGAUCGCUUACCUUACGAGAUGCAAGCGGACGAACCUGAAACCAGAGUUACCAAAAAAGUGAUAUUUACUCCUAAAUUGGGAAGGAGUUUGGCUUAUGAUGAUAAAGUGUUUGAGAAUGUUGAGUUCACACCACGGUUGGGAAGGCGGUUGGCUGAUGAUAUGCCCGCGACGCCGGCUGAUCAGGAACUGUAUAGACCAGACCCGGAUCAGAUCGACAGCAGGACGAAAUACUUCUCGCCGAGGCUCGGCAGAACCAUGAAUUUUUCACCACGACUCGGCAGGGAAUUGUCCUAUGAAAUGUUACCAAGCAAACUAAGAAUGGUGAGGAGUGCCAACAGAACUCAAUCGACAUAAACCUGACACGAAGCCGCCAUCAAACAUAACCUCAAAAUGUAACAAACUAAUGUACUGUAUAAUGUAUAAAUAAAUCGCUAUUUUGGACGAAAUAAUGUACUGUUUUUGUAUUUAAUACUUAAUUAGAUAUUAAUAUUUAGUCUUGUAAGGGAAUAAAUGAGUUUAAUGUAA